UGUUUGCGCGAAACAUACACGUGAGACGUCUCGCGCGAAAUACGAGUCGCGGGAAAUCUCUCCCGAUUUGAUUUUAUUGGGCCCGAAUGUCGCUGACCAAACGGGACUGGCUUUUUCAUUCAUUGAAAAGGUUUUGGAUGAAGGAAGGAAAUCCAUUCAAUCUUGACGAAUCUGAGCAUUUAUUUUAAAUUCCAGAAGCACUUCAUUAUAUUCAAUCUUUAAGAUACCCACUGUUCCAUCGAUUUCGAUCAGUUGUUUCCAGAAAGUAGAAAUUUAACCGGUUAUUGUUGUCCUUAGUAGGUCUAAUUGAUCUUCAGCGUCAGCCGUCCGUAGCAGUUUUCACUGUCCACAGCUCAGCUCGGAUCCCGCGCAGACUUCUCCCCGAAAAUGCCCCGCGGAGGAGCAGUGACUGCUGUUCGUCGGCAGCCGACAGAAGCUAGAAUAAGGACAAUUUUGGGCAUGUCACCGCAAGGAAUUCUCCCUGACUUUUCGAACCAAUCAUUGUCGUCAGAUAUAACGAAUAUAUCGUCAAAUAUUAAGGAAGAAAUUGAUCAAGAAAUAGUGGACGUUGUUGGCUUUACGCCGGAGUUUGAUUCGACAAAAGGAAUGAGACCUCAACUUGGGAGACCACCAGCAAAAAGGAAACUGGAGCUGGACUCUGCUGCUGGUCGAUCAUCAAAUGUUGCUAGUACAGCUUUCAAGACACCUAGUCCUAGACCCUCGGCAAAAACAAAAAAGACAAGAGCGCCCACAAGGUCACCCAUGGAAAAAUCCCGAUACGACACAUCAUUAGGUCUUCUAACAAAGCGAUUUGUUGGUCUACUAAGAGGGGCACCGGAUGGUGUCCUUGACCUGAACAGAGCAGCAGAAGUUCUUGAAGUCCAGAAGAGGAGAAUAUAUGACAUCACAAAUGUAUUAGAAGGCAUUAAACUCAUUACCAAGAAGUCAAAGAAUAACAUCCAAUGGAAAGGUGCUAAUAGUUCUGUAGCUGUUCAUGCUGGUUACGUCAAUCCACAAUUAUCAGCAGAAACAGUCAAUCUACAUUCAGAAUUGAAUGAUUUAGAGGCUCAAGAGAAGCGAUUAGAUGAGUUACUACGGAAUGCAUCUACGCAGCUGAAGACCCUUACAGAAGAUCCUGAUAAUGCAAGGUAUGCUUAUGUAACAUAUCAUGACAUUCGAGGAAUUGAAAGCUUUGAAGAUCAGACAGUGAUAGCAAUCAAGGCACCACCUGAAACAAGACUAGAAGUUCCUGAUCCUAAAGAAAGCUCUAAUAUUCAGAUAUGGCUGAAGAGUACAAGAGGACAGAUUGAGGUCUACCUGUGUCCUGAUGAUAAUCCAGAUGACAGCAGUUCAUCAGAAUGUGACCCUGAAUCAAAGAAUUCAUCACCAUGCAGCUCAAAGGGUGACCCUGCAUUGAAAGCUACAGCCUUAGAAGAAGACGAUCUAUCAGCGUUGAGUAGGAGCCUACUAUUAGAGACUGAAGAUCAGAAUGGUUUGGAUGAUGACUUUGUUGCCCUCUCUCCUCCAGCUGUUGAUGAUUAUCUCUUUGCUUUGAAUGAUAAUGAAGGAAUCUCAGACCUCUUUGAUGCCUAUGAUAUAUUCUAAUAGCUAUAUGAAUUGUUAGUUUGCCUGUUUUAAUUGUUUGAGAGUUUAAGAAUUUUAUUUGGGUUCCCAGCCAGCUUUGAUAUCAGGGAAUGUUUGGAAUUCUAGUUUGGGAAAUAGUCAAAUUUUAAGAAAUACAACUUAUUUCAGGGAAAUUUGAUAAUGUAUUAUGCUGAAUAUAUUGCAAAAAUGAAUGAUUCUUUAUCAGUUUAUCAUCUCUAUUUUGAAGAAAACUGAAAAAUUGAGAAAUGUUUGAAAGAUAAAUGGGGGAAAAUGUGGCUAAGUAAUUAGAAUCUAGAAAUAUUCCGAGAUGUGACAUUGGUUAUCUUACUCCUGCCAAUGAAGUACUUAUCGAUAUCUAAAAGUUAAAGGACAAGUCCACCCCAACAAAAACUUGAUUUGAAUUAAAAGAGAAAAAUUCAACAAGCAUAACACUGA